AUGAAUCCCUAUCGCCCUUAUGUGUUAGCAAACAAUUUAGAAGUGAGCUCACCUACGGUAACGCAGUCAGAGUUUGAGCCGGAACUCCAAAUCAAUGGUAACGAAAUUUUUAACGCUUUGAAGAGUGCUGUAGUCACCAAGUAUCUGACUACCUUCUUAAUACAUCCUUUGGAGGCUGCGAAAACCAUCUGCCAAGUAGAAGCAUAUGUACCGAAAGACAAGUCCUCACAUUCUAAAUCCACUCGGACUAGAGAAGAAGAAAGCGAACAUACCAACCAUCACGAUCAGUUUUCAGAUGUUAGUGAUGAUGAGCAAGAAAUUAAUGCGUAUUUUGAAAGCCCGUCCCUUGAUACUAUUGUUAACAAAGAGGACCUGAAAGAACAGAUAUGCGUUGAGCCUUCGGGAUAUGUAAACACCUCUGCUAAUACCAACACCCUUCACAGUUUCACCAUUUCUCCAAGCCGCUACUCCAUCAAAAGCAUCAUUUCUUCGCUAUGGGAAAAGGAAGGUGCGAAAGGCUUAUGGAAGGGACAUACUGUCACUUUCCUUUAUAACCUCUUAAAUUCCGGAUUCCAGACUUGGCUUUCCGCAACUCUUUCUGGUUUUCUUUCCAUUCCGGAUCCCAACAUUAUUCCACCCGUGGACUCUGUUCGUCCAUUAUCCUCAGUGUUUGUGAAGUCCUUUUCAUCUGCCAUUUCCGCUCUUGUUUUAUCCCCCUUGGAUAUAGCAAGGACAAAAAUUAUUCUCUUCCCAAUUAUUUCUUCCUCAUCAUCGUCUGAUCCAGCCUCUGCGGAUUCUUUAAAUUCCUCAGAAAAGAAGUCUCUAUCAACUCGUCGUUGUCUUAAAUCUUUACCUCCAUAUUGUCCUUCCUUUUUAAUCUUCCCUACUGUUUGUUAUGCAAGCCUUCCAUCCGCUAUCUCCUCUUUGUUGCCUAUAGCAUUUAGAAACUUCUUAGGGUCUUCUUCUUUGAUGGAUUCUUUUGUUGGAUUCACUACUUCAUCUCUGCAAUUUGCCUUACAGAUUCCAUUGGAGACUUGUUUAAGAAGAGCCCAGGCCCAAUACCAAUGUGAUUUACCUCCUCAGACCAUAGUCCCUCUUGGCCGUUAUACAGGUAUCACAGGUACAGUCUGGUGUUUACUGUGCGAAGAAGACCCAGGCCGUUUUGGAAUUGAGGGAUUAUAUCGUGGUUGGAGGGUCGGAGUUUGGGGUGUAACAAGUGCUCUGGCUUUGAAUUUUUUGUCUUCAAAUCUUCGUGAAGAAGUGGAAUUUUGA